AUGACCACCUCGGAUUGGUUCUUCAAAAAUACGGCCCAGAACGAAUUAAACCAGGAUCAAAUGACCUUCCAUGUCACCGUUGACUUCGAGUUCCAAUCGCCUAAGGAGUCCAGGUCGAAGGCUGCAACUCCUCCGUCAACUGCCACACCUGGGGUCGACGUCGAGGAACAGAAGAACGAAACAGACCUCGAAGAUGUCCUCAGUGUGACUUCGGUUUCAGCGCCCGCACGCAAGCCUUGCUACAACUCCCACUGA